AUGGCCUCAGAAACAAAGAGCCGUAAACCUGCAAAUACCGCCUUUAAACAACAACGAUUAAAAGCGUGGCAACCUAUUCUUGCACCAAAUACAGUUUUACCAACUCUUUUUAUCGUUGGAAUCAUCUUUGCGCCACUUGGUGGUUUAUUGUUAUGGGCUAGUAACAAUGUAUCUGAAAUUAGCUUUGAAUAUACAUUUUGUGAUUCAACAGCUCCAGUUUAUCCAAUUUUUGAACCAAUGCCAUCAAAAUUUGAUUCACUUAAAACAACAACAACAAUCUACUCGAUAGUUAUAACCUACCAUUGA